UGUAAUUUUGGUGCUCAGCCAUGGAUGAGGAGGAUAGUCAGGAUGAACAGAUGAAAAGGAGUGCAGCCAUGGGAAAAAGAAAAACAACUUCCGUUUUCAUUGAUGGUGACUCUGGGGAGGACAGUGAGACUUCUGAAGAAUCUGGUAGUGAGUGCGAAGAUGGCAAUGAUGAAGAUAAUGAAUCUGUGUGUGAAGAGGAGGAGGAGGAAGAUGACCUAGAUGAAGAGUUUGAAGGGGAAGUGGGAGAAGAGGAACCUGCUAUCCUGGCAUCAUCAAACAAUGCUGAAACAGGCUCUGAUGAAGAGGGGGAAAACUGUCCGAUUUGCCUGAAUCUCUUCAAAGGACAACUUAUUGGAACGCCUGAGAACUGUGCACAUUUCUUUUGCAUAGACUGUAUUCUUGAAUGGUCAAAGGUAAACUAUUUCAAUUAUAGGUAUUCUUUUCACAGGUGGUUGAGAAUUGUUGAUAAAUCUCUUUGCAGUAUUUGUCCUGUACUGGGGUGCACCCUGUUUAUGGAUGCCUUUCUUGUAUUUUAA